UGAAGGCUUAGCUCCCUCUUCACAACCCAGACCCAUUUCCUUAACUUGCUUCCUUCACGUGCCCCUCAAGCCGCUUCUCUGUUUCUUGCCUCCAAACUAGUCAGAUGGUUUCACUUGAUUCAGAUGAAAAUGGUCAUCUCAGCAAUGAAAUGAUGAUCGAUGCCUCACUACCUUCCGGUGACUCCAUAGGUUGUGAUCUUUUCCGAGAGCAGGAAAUUUUUCCCCGAGUUGGAGCCAAUUAUCAGGUUGAAGUUCCUAUACUGGUUCAGAAGUCAGAGUACCUUUCUUUGGUGAAAAAUGUGGCAAAUACAGAAAAUGGUCCUGUGGAACUUAAUUGGGGAUUACCAAUUCCCGUAUUUAUGGUCAGUCAGGAUCGUGCAAAAGAGAAUGCGAAAGUUUCUCAAAGUCUAGAAGUUUUCAGCACUGAUGAUUCAAAUGCUGUACUGGACAAUGGGGUACCUGUAGGAGAAUCAUGUGGUGCAGUACUAGAGGACAGAAGGGACCAAUGCAUAUUCCCGGGGUGCAGCAUUGUCCCAGGUUGUGCAAAUGGUUCAUGGAUUGAUCUUGAGAAGAAAUGUUUCCUCCUUGGGCUGUAUAUCUUUGAGAAGAAUUUUGUUCAGCUUAGGAGGUUCAUAGAAAGCAAAAACAUGGCAGACAUCUUGUCAUUCUACUAUGGGGAGUUCUAUCGGUCACAUGACUACUGCAGAUGGUCUGAAUGUAGAAAGAUGAGAGGCAGAAGAGGUGUAUUUGGUCAGAAAAUUUUUACCGGACUGAGGCAACAGGAGUUGCUGUCUCGUUUAUUUCCAAGGGUGUCUGGAAAAUGCAAGAAUGCCUUGUUGGAGGUUUCUAAGACAUUUGUCGAAGGGAAAAUGUCAUUGGAAGAAUAUGUCUUCUCUUUGAAAGCUAUGGUUGGAUUGAGCUUGCUUGUGGAAGUGGUAGGCAUUGGUAAGGGAAAACAAGACCUCACAGGCAUGGCUUUGGAACCUGUAAGGUCAAAUCAUGCCAUUCCUAUGCGCCCAGAGAUACCAACUGGAAAAGCGUGCUCCUCUCUCACAUCCAAUGAAAUUGUUAAAUUUCUAACAGGAGAUUAUCGAUUAAGCAAAGCACGGUCCAGUGAUUUGUUUUGGGAAGCAGUUUGGCCCCGUCUUUUGGCAAGAGGAUGGCAUUCAGAGGAGCCAAAAGAUCCUGGUUAUGCUGCUGGUUCCAAGAAUUCUUUGGUUUUUCUUGUGCCUGGUAUUAAGAAGUUUUCCAGAAGAAGACUAGUGAAAGGGAACCACUAUUUUGAUUCUGUCAGUGAUGUCUUGAGUAAAGUUGCAUCAGAACCUGGGUUAAUUGAGCUUGAAAAUGAAGUGGAUGAAAGUAAGAGGAAAGAAGAAGAAUAUGAAUGCAACAGGAAGAGAAAGUUGGAAGGGGAUGACAUGCCUAAUCAAAGGCGCCGCUCUUACCUUCAACCUCGCACUCCAAAUCGCGGUAGUGAUGGCAUGAAGUUUACAAUUGUAGAUACAGGCCUGGAGGACGCUCGUAAAGUAAAGGAACUGAGACGCCUGCUGCGUGAGUUUUCCAGUGAAUUCAACUCUGGAAAUUCCUACGAUAUCAUUGAUGAUGAUUCUUCCGAGGUCUCAACCGAGGAAUCGGACUCUCCGGAUAUGACAUUACACAAUAAAGGUGACAAUGAUACUUCUAAUGCCUCAAAUCAUCUAUCAAAUGGAGAGAUACUUCCUGAUAAAAAAGAUCUUCAAAUUCAUGCUCCAACUUGCGAGAAUCAUGCCUCUUGUCCUGAUUCAAAAAGUAUUCCAAUGAGUGAUUCCUUGAAAAGGAAACAGUCCUUUGAAGAUAAAUGGCCAAAUAAAGAAGUGACAAAAGACCACUUGAUCCAGAGCCCUAAAGAAGAAAAUGUAGAUGAUAAUGUAGAUGACAUGAACCCUGCAUUCAAACGGGCUCGGGGAUUAACUGCCUGUAACCACCUGGAAACAAGCAAUGUCUUGACAAACCCAGCAAUUCUUCCUAAGUCAGAUUCAGAAUUGUCUAGUCGCAGCUCUGAUGUUCGUGAUUUUGCAGAGAAUGUUCCUCCUCUAGUGGCUACCCCCCCAGAUAAGUUGUCUUUGAGUAAUUCAUCAAAAGGCAGCCCUACUGAGAGUGUUGAACGUGAUACUGUUAGCUGCCUUGUUGCUUCAGACCCCCAACAGAGCUCUCAGAACCCAACACUCAUUGAUCUUAAUAUACCUCAAGUCCCUGUAGAUUUUGAAACUGGCAGCUUGAGGACAGAUGCAACAACUGAGAACCCAGUGGACCAUGAUGAACUUGAAAGGGCCCCAGAUAAGGUUAAUCCUGAGCAUCAGGCUAACAUGAACCUACAGAGGCGAGGUACGAGAGUCAGGCCACCAACUACAAGAGCACUUGAAGCUCUAGCACAUGGCUACCUGACAGUGAACCGGAGGCGGAAGGGUAGUGAAGCCAGAUCACGAGAGAACAUGAGAUCGCGACCUUCACGACGUGCUCGUGGUGCAGGGCAGGGAGUGGCAUUCCAAUCAGUUCAUCAGCUAAAUUUGGGAAGUGUGGAUCCUAGGUCUGAGUCUGGCAGCAAUUCUGUGGAUUCCACAGUUCAAGGAGGUGAAAAUGUUGGCAAACUUCAGGUGCAACACGCGGGAAAUGUAACACCAAUACCAGGCAAUGUAUCUGUUGAAGGGACCUCCAGAAACAUUUAGAAUUGUUGGUGAGGUAGCGCGUCAAUUGGCAAGUUUUAGAAACAUUUAGAAAGAUAUGGUUUAAGCUGCCUCUAUCAUUGGUGAUGAGCGAAGUUUUCCUGUUAUUGAUUCUUGACAACUCAGUAUCCUCUGUAAUUUAGAAUAAGUGGAAGCUUUUUAAGUUGGAAAUGCUAUUGGCACCAUUCUGUAGAUGCUGAUGAUCAGAGACAGAAGAUGGAAGGGUCCCUGUAAAGAGUCUGACCCAGUUCUGUAUGUUUUGAAUAUCCAGGCUACAGUUACCAACCACAACCAAAAAGCAGAGAGUAAAAUAUGCUUUCCCAUAUCUCUCGAUCCCCUCCCCCAGCCAAAAUAUCUUAGAUAACUCCUAUACCCUUGCUCUUAGGCAUCCUUCGGCUUUUUUUGUUGCAUAGAACUCAUUAUAGAAAGACGUGUCUGAAAUGCUUAUGCAGACAAUGUUUCAACGGUUCAUAAAGUAACUGUUACUAAGUUUCGA